AUGUCAAGGAGAAUCUCACUUCUGCCCAACUUGCUCAUGCUUUUUUUGGCUCCGAUGUCCUGAAUUCUCCGGAAAAGGUUCACGCUCUCCUAAUGCCCUUGGAGGACAGGCCUGUUGAAGACAUGGUUGCUUUCAUGACCGAGUUUGCAAAUCUUGCUUCUAAGAACGGCAUCACCUUCCUGGCCAACACAGAGGUGAGGGACACCAUGUUUGAUGCCAUCUUCAGCAAACUGCAAAGCCUUUUCGCGACGGCUGGUCCUUCCCAGUAUCAAGACUGGUUCCAGAAGAAGUUGGCUUUGUGGCUCCCGAGUAUCAAUGCCUCUGCUCUUGCGGCCAUCCCCAAGACUGUACCGUGUGGCAUUUUCAAAACCAUAAUGGCCAGUUUGGACAACAGUUUUAAACAGAUGUCUCCUGAGAGCCAACACGAUGUUUACGAGUUUGCCAAAAACUACCUGAGCACCAAGACAUCUCAAGGAGGAGAUCCCUGCACUGAAAACACUCGAGGUGGAUUGGAUUGGUUAGUCACCAGUUUUGGAUCCUUUGGGUCCUUAGCCAGUCACAAAGAUCUGGUCAGCAUGAACGCCGAUUUCCGUGCGGUGGAUGCAGUCGCUGUACUCACACCGGUGCAACUGGCGGAUUACACACUUGCAAGUGACGUCCUGCGUGACGUCGAAAAAGCUGGGAAGGUCUUUGGCUCCCUUAAUUCAGGCAAUAUUGGAGAAUUUUUGGAUGCUUUCAAUGCCGCAGCUGAGCAGGGUGGACUCCCCAAGCUGCCCAAUUUGGAGACAAAGCGGUUCAUCCUGGGUGAGAUCUUCUGCCACUUGAGUGGUGCCUUGAAGCUAUUCACUCCGGAGGACUAUUCCACUUGGUUUGGGCAACGCCUGCGCCUUUUCCUGAGCAGUUUGGAUGGCCAAAGCCUGGGCUUCCUACCUGUUGACAUGACGUGCCCUUCCCUAGCUGCCAUAGUGAAGGCUUUAACAGAGCAUCACGCCAACAACACGCUUGAAAACCCGGAAAAUAUUUUGUCUUUUAUAAAGAAGGUUCUCCAUUUCCAGCUACAGAAUUCAGGCUCUGCUUGUGUUCAAGACAUCGGCACAGACAGACAGUGGCUGCUGACGUUCUUUGGACCCCUCACAGAGUACGGCUCAUAUUCAGAUUUUACCGUCUUGAAGAGCAAUUUCAAAGGGAUUGAUUCUCUGGACCUCUUCUCCGCCCAGACCUUGGCUCAGGUGUCCACCCAAAGCCACACCAUUUACAGCACUGCAGCCGUGGCAAAUGUCCUCAAAGCCAUUCGAGAUAAGACAAACCCAGAAAUGUUCCUCAGAGCUUACCUGGAUGAAUUCAAUGACCAAGUGCUGAAGAACCCUAAUUUGCUGAGCAACACCAAAGUGCGUGACACCAUGCUUCUGGCAGUGGGGGAAAUACUCUUCCCCCAAAUCGCUUCUAUUUCCUUGGAAGAGAUUGAGACUUGGUUCCAGAAACUCAGCCUCCUGCUUCCAGGGAUAAACGGAACAAUGUUUGGACUGCUGCCCCUUGGUAUGCCCUGCCCGUAUUAUCAAAAAAUUGUGAAAUCACUCGAUGGGAUGUAUUCCACACUGUCAGCUAAGAAGAAACAGGACGUGUACGGGUUUCAGAAGGCUUACCUGGCUGCCCAGUUUGCUGACACAGGGUCGGCAUGCGAUGGCGGGACCUCCGGCAUCCGGGACUGGCUGGCGAAGAAUUUGGGGGAGUUUUGCUCCGUGGCAAAACUCAGCGAACUCCAAGCUUUUUACCCCGAUUUAGAUGGAGUGGAGAACCUAGCUGGCCAGAGUCCAACACAAGCUGCUGACCUGACCAUUGUGGCCCAAAUGUUACACAAUUCCACACUUGCCAGCCUGGUGGUUGAGCAAGUCAAGGAUUUCCCAAGCUAUGCCUUUCUCUACGGGUAUUUGUCCAGGCUCAGAGGCCAUGACUGCCAGAGCACUUUGCCUGCAGAAAUCCUGUCUUCCUGCAACAGACCUUCUCCCCUGGCCACCCUGGCCACCAAAACUCAGAAAGUGCUCUUGUCCAAUGCACUUUUCUUCCUCAAGAAAGAAGGAAAGUCUGUGAACUCCUCUCAGUGGACUGACAUCUACCAACUUCUGCUGUCCAGCUUCUUGCCUGCCCUUGGCAUGUCUCCUCAUUCUAAUGAAACAUGCAAAAUCUUCCAUGACACAAUGAAGGAAAUUGCAAUGCUUCACCCUGUUCUUCAUCAGAGGCAGGAAGAACUUGCUGAGGUCGAAACGCUUUGUACCCGGAGUGUCCAGCAACCCAAACUCACAGCGACAACUCGGAUCCCAAGGACUGCCAAAUGCCCUUCAGGAGACAUUUCAUGCACCUUCCAUGGUGGUCCCAUGGAUGACUUUCCCACAGGACCCAUGUCACAUCCUUCUGGAGGGAUUGCUACUCGAAUCUUUGCUGAUCAUCCUGAGAAAGUCCAAGGCGUCACUGAAGAUCCAGAAAAUCCAAGAGUCUUCUUUAGAUGUUUGUCCAGCCACAUGGCAGGAGAUGUAGAAGGUGUCAAAGGCAAUGUUCUUGGAGAUGUGACAACUCACCUCCCAGGUGCUGAAGGUGCUGAUGUUCACAUCUAUACAGGUGCAAGCCAUGAAGUCCCUCGUGCAACAGCAAAUAGUGUUCCUGAUACAAAUGUAACAGACAUCCCUGUGAAUGCCACCAUUUAUAUCCCUGGAGCAGCUUUGACCACUGCAACACACAACACAUUCCUGGUUGUCUAUGGCACUCUCCUCUCUGGGCUCCUUGUGAUGUUCAUACUGUAACCUGCUUCAUUGUUUUGGCAGAGGUGCCUUAAUAAAAUACCACGAAAAACUA